AUGAAAAGUGAUAAAACUUCUUCUUCUUUUCCUUUUCUUCUUCUUCUUCUUCUUCUCCUCCUUUCAUUCUUUCUAUAUUUCUUUCUUCUUCUUCUUCUAUCUCUUCUUCUUUUUCUUCACUUCUUCCUCCUCUUCUUCUUCUUCUUUUUCUUCUUCUUCUUCUUCUUCUUCUCCUCCUCUUCCUCCUCUUCCUUUUAUUCUUUCUCCUUUUUCUUUUUCUUCUCUUCUUCCUCCUCCUCCCCUUCUUCUUCUUUUUCUCUUCUUCUUUUUCCUCUUCUUCUUCUUCUUUUUCUUCUUUUUUCUUCUUCUUUUCAUUUCUUCUUGUUGUUGUUCUUGUUUUUUUUUCUUCUUCUUCUUCUUCUCCUCCUCCUCCUCCUUUCAUUCUUUCUAUAUUUCUUUCUUUCUUCUUCUAUCGUUGUUUCUAUAUUUCUUUUUUUACCUAACUUCUUUCUAUUCGUCUUUUGUCUGCUUCUUUCUUCUCUCUUCCUUUUAAUUUACUUUCUCAGUCUUCUUCUUUUUCUUUACUUCUUCUUCCUCCUCCUCUUCUUCUUUUUCCUCUUCUUCUUCUUUUUCUUCUCUUCCUCUUCCUCCUUUUAUUCUUUCUGUAUUUCUUUUUAUUUCUAUUUUCCCCCUUCAUUCUUUUUAUUCGUCUCUUGUCUAAUGAUCAUUUUCUUUGAGUUUGUCGUCCAUCAUUCUUUCUUCUGCCUUUCUUUCUUUUGCCUUGUGUCUGUCUCUUUCUUCUUUUUUUUUUUCCUUUCUUCUUCUUCUUCUUCUUUUUUUUUCUUCUCUUCUUCCUCUUUUUCUUCUUCUUCCUCUUUUUCUCUUCUUCUUGUUCCUCCUCCUCUUCUUCUUCUUCUUCUUCUUCUUCUUCUUCUUCUUCUUCUUCUUCUUCUCUCUUCCUCCUAUUUUUCGUUUGGCUUUAUUUGUACCAUCUUUCUUUCUUUCUUUCUUUCUUUCUUUCUUUCUUUCUUUCUUACUUUCUUUCUUUCUUUGACUUCAUGGUUUUAUGAUUGUUUUUCUUUCUGUCCUUUCUUUCUUUCUUUCUUUUCUUCAGUUUAUGUUUAUCUUUAUUCAUCUAUUAAUGAUCUCAUUAUGUUUUUCUCUCUUUCUUUUUUCUUUCUUUCUUUAUUUAUCUAUUUAUUUCUUUUUUCCUUUCUUUCCAUUUAUCUCUAUUGCUCUGUUAAUGAUCUCAUUAUGUUUUUCUCUUUCUUUCAUUCUUUCUUUCAUUCUUUCUUUCUUUCUUUCUUUCUUUCUUUCUUUCUUUCUUUCUUUCUUUCUUUCACUUUUUUCUUUUUCCUCUUUGAAUUUCUCCUGUGUAUAUUCAUGAUCUCUUUAUUCUCUUUCUUUUUUUCUACUUUACAUUUCAUUCUUUACUUUCUCUCUUUAUCAUCUCAUUAUUUUCUCUUUCUUUUCUUUAUUUCAUUUUUCUCCUCUCUUUUCUUUCUUUUUCUACUUUUCUUUCCUUCUUUUUUCUUUUCUUUUCUUUCUUUUUUUUUUUUCCUUCUUUCUUUCCUUUUUCAUCUUUUUACUUUUAUUUUCUCCUUCUACCUCCUCACUCCCGUUCCCUUUACAAUUCAUCCCUUUUUUCUUUUCUUUUCUUUCUUUCUUUCUUUCUUUUUCUUUCUUUCUUUCUUUCUUUCUCCUCAGUCUUUUCCUUUUUCAUCUUCUACUUUUAUUUUCUCUCCCUUCUACCGCUCUCUUUCCUUCCCUUACAAUUCAUCCCUUUCUUUCUUUUUCUUUCUUUCUUUCUUUCUUUCUUUCUUUCUUUCUUUCUUUCUCCUCAGUCUUUCCUUUUCAUCUUCUACUUUUUAUUUUUCUCCUUCUACCGCCCUUUCCUUUACAAUUCAUCCCUUUCUUUCUUUCUUUCUUUUUCUUUUCUUUCUUUCUUUCUUUUCUUUCUUUUCCUCAGUCUUUCCUUUUUCAUCUUCUACUUUUAUUUUCUCCCUUCUACCGCUCACUCCCUUCCCUUACAAUUCAUCCCUUUUCUUUCUUUCUUUCUUUCUUUCUUUCUUUCUUUCUUUCUUUCUUUCUCCUCAGUCUUUCCUUUUCAUCUUCUACUUUUAUUUUCUCCCUUCUACCGCUCACUCCCUUCCCUUACAAUUCAUCCCUUUCUUUCUUUCUUUCUUUCUUUCUUUCUUUCCUUCUUUCUUUCUUUCUUUCUUUCUUUCCCUUCUUUCUUUCCUUCUUUCCCUCAGUCUUUCCUUUUCAUCUUCUUUCUUUUAUUUUCUCCUUUCUUUCUUUUUCCUCCCCUUCCCUUACUUUCAUCCCUUUCUUUCUUUUCUUUCUUUCUUUUCUUUAUUUCCUUUCUUUCUUUUCUUUUCUUUCUUUCUUUUUCUUUCUUUCUUUCUCCCUCGGUCUUUCCUUUUCAUCUUCUACUUUUUUAUUUUCUCCCUUCUACCGCUCACUCCCUUCCCUUACAAUUCAUCCCUUUCUUUCUUUCUUUCUUUCUUUCUUUCUUUCUUUCUUUCUUUCUCUCUUUCUUUCUUUCUUUUCUUUCUUUCUUUCUUUCUUUCUUUCUUUUUUUUUUUCUCCUCAGUCUUUCCUUUUCAUCUUCUACUUUUAUUUUCUCCCUUCUACCUCUCACUCCCUUCCCUUACAAUUCAUCCCUUUCUUUCUUUCUUUCUUUCUUUCUUUCUUUCUUUCUUUCUUUCUUUCUUUGUCUUUUCAUUUCCUCUCUCUGUAUUUCUUUAG